GCAUUACGUCAUCGGCAGAGGCCACAUACUCGAAGCAAAUGUUGGGUAGUGCUAACGUUACGCGAACAUUUCGAAUACAGCACCAUUGCAAAAAGCGUUAGUAAUAACAGGAUUAGCAGCGUUCUAGGUGUAAUGGUGAAUUGGUCUAAAUGAAUCGUAAUCAUAUAUAUGGAUACGGCUGACACUUCAAUUCCUGGAGGUAAACAAUGCAGUUUUAUGACCAUGCCUCGAUGUCCUGAAUGAUUGAAGAUCGUGGGAGGAGUGGCGACAUCAUGGCGGAGAGACGACAACUGUUCGCAGAGAUGCGGGCACAAGAGUUGGAUUCCAUAAGAUUGUCCACAUAUAGAACUGCUUGCAAACUCAGAUUCGUUCAGAAGAAAUGCAAUCUCCAUUUGGUGGACAUCUGGAACGUGAUCGAGGCGUUCAGAGAGAACGGCCUGAACACCAUGGACCUCAACACAGAGUUCACUGUGGCUCGCCUGGAAGCAAUACUAUCGACCAUCUUCUACCAGCUCAACAAGCGCAUGCCCACCACACACCAGAUCAAUGUGGAACAGUCCAUCAGUCUGCUACUCAACUUUCUCCUGGCUGCCUAUGACCCGGAAGGCCUCGGAAAAAUGUCUGUCUUUGUUGUGAAGAUGGCCCUAGCAACCAUCUGCGGAGGAAAGAUUUUGGAUAAAUUAAGAUAUAUUUUUUCACAGAUAUCAGACCCUGGUGGCAUAAUGGUGUACUCCCAAUUCGACCAGUUUCUGAGGGAGGUUCUCAAAUUGCCAAUGACUGUUUUUGAGGGGCCUUCCUUUGGCUAUACUGAGCAAGCCACAAGAACCUGCUUUGCACAGCAGAAAAAGGUCUCCCUCAACACAUUCCUGGACACGAUGAUGUCAGAUCCUCCUCCUCAGUGUCUGGUGUGGUUACCACUCAUGCAUCGCUUGGCUAAUGUGGAGAAUGUGUUUCACCCGGUCGAGUGCUCCUACUGCCACAGUGAGAGUAUAAUGGGCUUCCGCUACCGCUGCCAACAAUGUCAUAAUUACCAGCUCUGUCAGGACUGCUUCUGGAGGGGGCAUGCCAGUGGUUCCCAUAGCAACCAGCACCAAAUGAAGGAGUACACGUCAUGGAAAUCGCCUGCUAAGAAGUUAUCUAAUGCUCUCAGCAAAUCACUGAGCUGUGCAUCUAGCAGAGAACCUUUACACCCCAUGUUUCCUGACAUGCCAGAAAAACCUCUGAACCUAGCCCACAUUGUAGACACUUGGCCUCCCAGACCAAUGAAUAGCACCAAUGACUUCAUGCUCUCCCACUCCAUGCCCACGUCAGGGAACCCUUACUCCACUAAGAAUUUGCUGGAGAGCAGUUCCCACCAGGAGGAAGAGCACAGUCUCAUCGCCCGCUACACUUCUAGACUGGCCUCUGACGCAGCCGCCGCGCAACAGCAGCAGAGGGUCCCCAACGACAUAUCUUUCUCUCUGGAUGCCAACAAGCAGCAGAGGCAGCUUAUUGCUGAGCUAGAGAGCAAAAACAGAGAGAUCUUGCAGGAGAUCCAGCGUCUGAGAGUGCAGCACGAGCAGGCCUCACAGCCUCCCACAUGCACGUCCCAACAGAACCCCACUCUGCUGGCCGAGCUACGGCUUCUCAGGCAACGCAAAGAUGAGCUGGAGCAGAGGAUGUCUGCUCUGCAGGAGAGUCGCAGGGAACUCAUGGUACAGCUGGAGCAGCUGAUGCUGCUGCUGAAGGAGGAGGAAAGGAAGCAAGCUACUCAGGGACCUGGCUCCCCCCGCUCGUCUCCCAGCCACACAGUCAGUCGGUCCAUCCCCAUGCCAACCCAGUCAGAGUCUGCCGGCACCACACCCACUCACACCCCUCAGGACUCACUCAUGGGUGUGGGAGGGGACGUGCAGGAGGCCUUCGCUCAGGGCCCCAGGAGGAACUUGAGAAAUGACCUCCUUGUUGCAGCUGACUCCAUCACCAACACCAUGUCUUCAUUGGUUAAAGAGCUCAAUUCAGAGGCUGGAAGUCAAUCAGAGAGCAACAUGGACUCUCAAACAGAUGAACUGUUCUCCUCUCCCACUUCCGAUCCUCUAGCACAGAUGACCACUAAACCACGUCUUGGUGGCAGGAACCCUGGUGGAGUUGAGGAGGAGUGCUAUGAGAACGACUUGGUUCAGGUGCUGGAGGAUGAGCUGAAGAUGGGGGAACUACUAAAACACAGACGGGAGCAAGAGAAACCCCAUAUGGUGACUUUGCAGCAAUGACCUUGUCAUAUUCCUGGUAAGCAAUAUGAAAAGCCACAAAAGUAGAAAAACACUGGAAGAUGGAUGAGAAGAGCAGGCAUAUAGAGAAGGCUGUGGAGAGAUGAUGGUCCACAUGCAUGCAAGUCAAACUAAAAAAGAAGUGACAAGGAGGAAGGAUCAAAGUUAUGACACUGCUAAAUCCAACAUAUUAUGUAAAGAUCUAUUUUUUAAACCAACAGCAUUUUUAAGUGAAUACUGUGAACCGAUAUGGAGGGAUUAUUAAACAAAACAGCUGUCUAUUAUACCACCGGUGCCAUAAAAUUGAAUAACUUUGUUGAGAAUUAUUUGAUUUUUAAUCAUAUUAUUUUUGGGUAUGAGUUGUUGAAGAAUUGUGCAAGUAUAUGCUGUAGUUCAUUUUUCCCUGGGGCCACAUUCGGUCUUCAACGAGGUCCGGAGGGUCGCACUGAAUUGUUUAAAAUAUUUCCUUGCUGUCAAAAUUUGCAAAAAAUUGUCCACUUAUCCAUCAUUUUGGGAAUUUUCUAUGCUCUCUGACUGUUUAGAGUUUAUUAGCGAGCUGGACUGUCAAGAAACUAUGAGUAUAGGUCCAAUAUCAUUUCUACACAGUUGUGAUUAGAUUUUAGUCUUUUUUUUUUUCAUUUUAAAGUAUAUUUUUACUCCAACCACCCACGGGCCAGAUUGGACACCCUCCGACCUGCGGGCCGUGCCGUAUGUUUGACACCCCUGCUGUAGGUGUAUUGCUGGUGAGAUUGCUUUUUAAACCAAAUAGUAAACUUGGUAUAUGUGUAAACUGAGGCACAACUGUCUAUAACCCAGAGGGUAGCUACAGUAUGUCUGACGCUAUGACCUGGUUGGCCCAUCAGUCGAAUGAUACUGGUGUUGUAUCGCUUUUGUAUUUGUUGUUUGACUGUUUAGCUUUUUGAUUGAGUGGCUUGUCAGAUAGUUUAUUUUAUUUGCCUUAGCUGGUUAGCUUAGCUCACAUUUGGAUGGGGUACAGUCAGACCUUCAAUGCAGCAUGUACUGUAGCUAACAUUGUUCCAGCCACUGAUACAUUUAUAUUCACUGUCAAAAUCACGUUGUUUAUUUCACCCACAAGUAUUGCCUAGUAGUUAAUAGUACUGUAUUACGUAAUACAACUGCAGAAGAGGAACAAUGUUAUUUGCCCUCUUCUGCAUGUUGUGUUUGCCACAUUGCAAAUUUUAUUUAAUUCCACCUGGAGUAUUAAGCCGUUAGGUGAUACUAAGAGAAUCAGACAGUAUAAGACAAAGAAGCUGAACCUAUGAUACAUCUAAUGCUGGAAAGUGAUAUUGUCUACUGAAGGAUUUUGUUAACUAAUAGCUAUACUUUGAUUAAGAGUUAUAGUUUAUUUUAUUUUAUUAAUAGCUGCUUGAGGUUUGAAGAUGUGACGACAUAAAUGAAAUUGGAGUAGGGAAUACAGUACGUAGACAGUACAUAGUAGAUAGAAUGGACAGUACAGUACAUAUAACGGACAACAUUGUUUAUAACACUCCAGAUUCUAAGGUUUACACUUGCAAGAACAGAGGACAUUGUUUGUUUACCAUGUAUUAGAAUCAACAUCUUCUGUUUUACCAUAGAUUUUGAAGUUUAAAUGUUCUGACCAAAUUAUUAGCGUUCUUAUACUCACUCACACACACAUCUCUCACAAACAUACACUCACAGUCACACACUUGGUAACCAAGCUCAUUGUGUGUAAAUGUUACCCAGUCACUUUACAAUAUGUGGUGCAAGCCAAUAAAUGUGUGAAAUAUAUCUAGUAUGAUUUUCAAGCUAGUUCGUAUAAGUGAUUUUGCAUGGUGGUGAUGAUGCAUAAUAAAGAAUUGACACAACAUGAUAAUGUUGUUGCCUAUGA